UGAUGAAUGACAGAAGCUAGUCAGUAAGUCGGACUCGGAACCAGCAAGUAGAGCUAGUGACAGGAUGUCCACGACACCCACGUCCAGCCUGCUCUCGGGACAGCCCUUCCGGCGUGGCUACAACUAGACGUUCUGCUAGCCCGUCGCGGUCCCGGCCACCCAGUCUCUCGUCAGGGGCCACACCCACGCCCUCCCCAAAGUGGAGUCGCCCUACUCAGCCCCUGCCUGCCCAAAGAGCCCGGGCGGCCCCGUCCGCGUAGGGAGCGGUUUCCCGCCGGGGAGAUUUGGCAGGUGCGCGCCGUGACUUCCGGCGUUGCCCGGGAGCCGCUGGAGGAGGAGCGGCGCAGGGGAUGCGGCUGUGGUGGCGGCGGCGGCGGCCGGGCGCGGGGGGCGGCUGUGGCGGCGGCUGGGGUCGUGGGCCGGCAAUGGCGCGGCGGCGCUGAAAGCGCGGGGAGGGCGGCGGCCGGAGGGCGGGCGGCGUGGGAGGAAGCGGCGGCGGCAGCUCCAUGGCCCGGGCGCGUUGAGAUACGCGGCUCUCGCCUCAGCCCGGCGGCGGCCGAACAAUGAAGCUCCUGAAGCCAACCUGGGUCAACCACAAUGGCAAGCCAAUUUUUUCAGUUGAUAUUCACCCUGACGGGACCAAGUUCGCAACUGGAGGACAAGGGCAGGAUUCUGGGAAGGUUGUGAUCUGGAAUAUGUCUCCAGUCCUCCAGGAGGAUGACGAGAAGGAUGAAAAUAUUCCCAAGAUGCUUUGCCAGAUGGACAAUCACUUAGCAUGUGUGAACUGUGUGCGGUGGUCAAACAGUGGGAUGUAUUUAGCUUCUGGGGGAGAUGACAAACUGAUUAUGGUGUGGAAGCGGGCUACGUACAUCGGGCCCAGCACUGUGUUUGGCUCCAGUGGUAAGCUUGCCAAUGUGGAGCAGUGGCGGUGUGUCUCCAUCCUCCGGAAUCACUCAGGUGAUGUGAUGGAUGUAGCAUGGUCUCCCCAUGAUGCCUGGCUAGCCUCCUGCAGCGUGGAUAACACUGUUGUCAUCUGGAAUGCUGUGAAGUUCCCAGAAAUUCUUGCUACUCUGAGAGGUCAUUCUGGCUUGGUGAAAGGGUUAACUUGGGACCCUGUUGGUAAAUAUAUUGCCUCUCAAGCUGAUGAUCGCAGCCUGAAGGUGUGGAGGACACUGGACUGGCAGCUAGAGACCAGCAUUACCAAGCCUUUUGAUGAGUGUGGAGGGACAACCCAUGUUUUACGGCUCAGCUGGUCACCUGAUGGGCAUUACCUGGUGUCUGCUCAUGCCAUGAACAACUCUGGCCCCACUGCCCAGAUCAUUGAGCGGGAGGGCUGGAAGACCAACAUGGACUUCGUGGGGCACCGGAAAGCUGUGACUGUCGUGAAAUUCAACCCAAAAAUCUUCAAAAAGAAACAGAAGAAUGGGAGUUCUGCGAAGCCCAGCUGCCCAUACUGCUGCUGUGCUGUUGGCAGCAAGGACCGCUCGCUGUCUGUCUGGCUCACAUGUUUGAAACGGCCUCUGGUUGUCAUCCAUGAGCUGUUUGACAAAUCCAUCAUGGAUAUUUCCUGGACUCUGAACGGACUUGGCAUCCUUGUGUGUUCCAUGGACGGCUCUGUGGCAUUCCUUGAUUUCUCCCAGGAUGAGCUUGGAGACCCCCUGAGUGAGGAGGAAAAGAGCCGCAUUCACCAGUCCACCUAUGGCAAGAGCCUGGCAAUCAUGACCGAGGCUCAGCUCUCCACAGCUGUCAUUGAAAACCCAGAAAUGCUCAAAUACCAGCGGAGACAGCAACAGCAGCAGCUGGACCAGAAGAGUGCCACUGCCAGGGAGACAGGCUCAGCUUCUUCAGUUGCAGGUGUUGUCAACGGGGAGAGUCUGGAAGACAUCAGGAAGAAUCUUUUGAAGAAACAAGUUGAAACUCGGACAGCAGAUGGCCGGAGAAGAAUCACACCUCUCUGCAUAGCACAGCUGGACACUGGGGACUUCUCCACGGCAUUCUUUAACAGCAUCCCACUCUCUGGCUCCCUGGCGGGCACCAUGCUCUCCUCUCCCAGCAGUCAGCAGCUACUGCCACUGGACUCCAGUACCCCCUCCUUCGGCGCCUCGAAGCCUUGCACAGAGCCUGUGACCGCCGCUGGCGCCCGGCCUACAGGCGAGUCUGUCAGUAAGGACAGUAUGAAUGCUACCUCUACUCCUGCUGCAUUGUCCCCUUCUGUGUUAACAACCCCAUCCAAGAUUGAGCCCAUGAAAGCAUUUGACUCCCGAUUCACAGAGCGGUCCAAAGCCACGCCUGGUGCUCCUUCCUUGACCAGUGUGACUCCCACAUCUGUGGAAAGGUUGAAAGAGCAGAACCUUGUGAAAGAGCUGAGGCCCCGAGACCUCCUAGAGAGCAGCAGUGACAGUGAUGAAAAGGUCCCUUUGGCCAAGCCUUCCUCACUAUCCAAACGAAAACUUGAGCUUGAGGUAGAGACAGUGGAGAAGAAGAAGAAAGGACGCCCUCGAAAAGACUCCCGUCUCCUACCUGUGUCUUUGUCUGUCCAGUCUCCAGCUGCCCUCACUGCAGAGAAGGAGGCCAUGUGUCUGUCUGCACCAGCGCUUGCACUGAAGCUGCCGAUUCCAAACCCCCAGAGAGCAUUCACCCUCCAGGUGAGCUCUGACCCUUCCAUGUACAUUGAGGUGGAGAACGAAGUGACAACUGUAGGGGGUGUGAGGCUGAGCCGCCUGAAGUGCAACCGGGAAGGGAAGGAGUGGGAGACGGUGCUCACUAGCCGUAUCCUCACUGCUGCCGGCAGCUGUGAUGUGGUGUGUGUUGCCUGUGAAAAGAGGACGCUGUCGGUGUUCUCCACCUGUGGUCGCCGCCUCCUCCCUCCCAUUCUCCUGCCGUCCCCCAUCUCUACUUUGCACUGCACAGGUUCCUACGUCAUGGCACUCACCGCUGCUGCCACGCUGUCUGUCUGGGAUGUUCACAGGCAAGUGGUUGUGGUGAAAGAAGAGUCUCUACACUCCAUCUUGGCAGGAAGUGAUAUGACGGUGUCACAGAUCUUGUUGACGCAGCAUGGAAUCCCAGUGAUGAACUUGUCUGAUGGGAAGGCGUACUGCUUUAAUCCGUCACUCUCUACAUGGAACCUGGUUUCUGACAAGCAGGACUCACUGGCCCAGUGUGCGGAUUUUAGGAACAGCCUGCCAUCCCAGGACGCCAUGCUGUGCUCAGGACCGUUAGCCAUAAUCCAGGGCCGCACCUCCAACUCUGGAAGGCAAGCUGCCCGGCUCUUCUCCGUGCCUCACGUGGUGCAGCAGGAGACCACAUUGGCCUACCUAGAGAACCAGGUCGCAGCAGCACUUAUCUUGCAAUCCAGCCAUGAGUACCGCCAUUGGCUCCUCCUCUACGCACGGUACCUUGUGAAUGAAGGGUUUGAAUACCGACUCCGAGAAAUAUGCAAGGACUUACUGGGUCCGGUUCACUGCUCCACUGGAAGCCAGUGGGAGUCAACAGUAGUGGGUCUGCGGAAGAGGGAGCUGCUGAAGGAGCUGCUACCAGUCAUUGGGCAGAACCUCCGAUUCCAGCGCCUCUUCACCGAGUGUCAGGAACAGCUCGAUAUCCUGAGGGACAAGUAGCCUACCCUGGCCUGCCCUGGCUACAGCAUGGGCAGGGCCACACUCUCGCCACUAACAGAUGCCCAGGGCCAGCCCCUUCCUGGCUGGGCUGCAGAGGGAGGAGGAGACACUGGCAGGAGAUGUGCUGUCCUGCACCAGCGCUGGCCCAGAUCCCUGGGCAGACGUGCCCUGCAUCCUGGGCCUAAUAUUGCCUCAGAAGAGGGAAACUUGUCCCUCCCUCCAGGGCCCCCAACAGAGGGGGCUCUGCCCGGCUGCCCUGGGGCCAGCAAGGCACUCCCAGGCCUGCCAUCUCCAGCUCAGUCCCGAGGUGGACACUAGCCCUUGCCGCUGCAGGUGCCGUGCUGCUUCAGCUAUGACAAAUGAGCCAUUUGUGAGAGCGAGAAUCCAGAAACAUUAGGUAUCAUGCAGUCAGCAGACUGACCUGAGACCUAUGUAAAAGGAAAGCUGUUCCAACACACGGACUAUUUUUGUACUAGAAUUUGCUAACUUGUAAUAUGAAAUUUUCUUUUGGCCAAUAAUCAGGAUAUCCCUAUAAGUUACUUGGACAUUGGUCACUUGUAGGAAAUUUAAACUCUAAUUAUGACACUGAAAAAUAAUUGUACUGAAAUUAAUUUGUCUAUCUUCAUUUGGUUUAAUUUUUAAAUUGUUUGUAAAAAGAGAAGUUUUGGGGGGGCGCGGGGAAGAGGGGAGGGGAAUUUCUUUUGUAAGUGUAAAAUAAAUGAACAUGCAUUGGAUACCAAA